AUGGACGAGGACGUGUCUGAGCACGAUCCAUUGCCCGCAGACGAGGAGGCCGCUUCGGGUUCGCAGGGUCCUCGCUCGAUCAACCACAUUACGUCUAUCAUCACAGGGACAGGAUACACUAUAUAUGAUGACCUCAUCAUUCCUGAGAUACUGGCUGCAAAGCAUGAAGUUGUUUUAGUGACAUGUUUUUGGGCCUCGUCGGUGACCCAGAAAGCGCUAGCGAACUGUCUCAGGGCUCUUUCGCGAAAGGCUGCUUCAGGGUCUGCUAAAGUGUCUGUCAAUAUCUGCUUUUCAUCAUCCUCAUUACCACGAAACAUGUUGUGGCCAACUCCUCAGCGCGGACAGAUUUAUGACCCAUCUACUUGGACCAAACUUGGAUUGCCUCAGGCCAACGAGUUGCAUGGAAUUGACCUCCGGGUGUGCCGGAAGUUUUUCUGGCCUUUGGGGAUCAUCCAUAGUAAGUAUGUGAUCAUCGACAGAAAAGUGGCGAUAUUUCCGUCUUGCAACGUGUCUUGGGAGCGGUGGUUCGAGUUUGCCGUCAAGACUCAAGGCCCGAUUGUUGAUUCUUUACUAUCAUUCCACGUGGACUUCUGGGGCGAUGAUCACCAGCUCAUACAACUGUCCGCGGUGUCUAGUCUCCAACAAGAUGAGAGCAGAUCGAGCUCGACAACGGAAGGUAUCCGAGCCUUCACAACACUUCUACCCUCACCACACACCCCAACACUGAUCCCGAAACAUUUGAAACUACCAUCAAUGAUGGGACGACUACCUUGUGUGCCCGAUGCACCCACCCGAUUUCCUGAAACAGCACUUCUAGCCACGACGUAUCGUCUACUACAUCAAGCAACAAAUUCGAUCAUUAUGCUGACGCCCAAUCUCACGGAGCCUGCUGUCCUCGACGCGCUCAGCUGUGCCUUGGAGCGUGGUGUCAAUUUGAUCAUAUGGACCAACAGCACACUGAUGACCAUGGAGCAAAUCGUGACUGCUGGCACGACGACCCCGAGGUGUAUUCGGGCUUUGCAGAAGAAGGCUGAAGCCUUUCGUGGGGUGCUGGAGGUGAAUUAUUUCGACCAAGGUCCAGGAAAAGAGCCUGUGUUGGACAGUGAUAAGGAGACAACCCCAAUCAAACUUCAUUCAAAAGUCACCAUCAUCGAUGCAGACAAGAUCCUUGUAGGCAGCGGCAACAUGGAUGCUGCGAGCUGGGGUACGAGUCAGGAGUUGGGCGUGCUGAUCGAGAGUGGAAGUGUCGUUAGAGAGUUUCUGAGGUCAUGGAGAUAUGGAAACAUCUCCCUCUGCCCUGUAUAG